GAUGUACGCGUUCAUGCCUGCCCAUAGAUAGAUACUCGAGUACAUAGAUGCCCCUUGGAACAUUCUGUCGGCAUCCUUGUGUGCCAUCGUCGCAUUUCAGUAUCAAUCACACGUUCGCACCCGCAUUCCAUACAAGAAGAUAUAACCACACGAUGCAGCCGUUGGCUGACUCGUGUACUUACUCUAUGCAAUUCGAGAUGCAGUCAACAGUCCAUGAUAGUCCAGUCAACCAGUCCGGAGCAAGGCAUAAAUCUAGACUGAUCCUCCAACUUGGCCGUUCUUCCUCUCUCCCAGAUUAAUCUCACCACCCCCCCUCCCCCUUCGUAGCCCUCCAUCCGUCCAACUUUUCCUCCCUCUGUAGCCAUUUGCAUCACAUCACAGUACAGUGCAGUGCCCGCAGUCUUACUAUAUUUGCCCCCAGCGCGAGGAUGUGUAUGUGACUUGGAAUAACUUCAAAAGUUUCAGUUAUCCCACCAGAUAAAAUUAACCAUACAAAAUUUAUACCAGAAAGAGAUAAAUCCCAGAAAAAGAAAGGAAAGGAGAGGAAAAUCCGAAUCACCGACAUAUCAAACGAAAAUUAAAAAUUUCCCCUCCUCUCUUUCUGCUCGACUCUGUCUGGCUCUCACAUCAAACUCAUCUUAUUUUUUUCUUCUGUUCCUGGCUCCACUGCUUGCUCUGUACGGCCGUUCUCGAACCUUUGACCUUUUUUCAAGGCGAUAAACGAGAGCGCGCUUGUUGAAAAUACAAGAGAAAUCCGACAAGCCCGUAACAACUUCAUCCCUCGACUUGACAACCACGAAAUCUUUUCGAGUCGACAAAGAUUACUUUGCGAAAAUCCAUCGACGAUUCUUAAGACGAGAUUAUCGCAUCCUUUGCGACACACGCGGCGAUUCCAUAAUUCAAAAAAGACCGGUGAAUAAAUCAUAACAAAUCACCUCUUUUUCAUAUACCUGUUUACUCAGAGUUCUGUUCAGCUUAAUACAGUUGGCGACUUCUCGAGCCCAAUUCGUUAACACUGCCACAACAUCACGACAUCAAGAAGAAUACUCCUUGAAGAGCAAUUUUGACGUGGUUUUCAUCAAAGAAAUCCAUUGAGGCGGAUUCAACUUCAUUCAGAUCCAGAAGUGAAGUGAAUAAAGCCCUAGCGUAAACACAUCCACGACCUUGCAGUCCACUGUCUUUUGACAUCCACCUGCGGCGGAUUACAUUACAACACCUCCAGUCAAAUUCUCCUGAAGGAGGACAAACGCGAUGGCAGAACCAGAAGUCGAUCUCGACUCUAUCAUCGAUAGACUGCUAGAAGUCAGAGGCAGCAGACCAGGCAAACAAGUACAGCUUUUGGAACAAGAAAUUCGUUAUCUUUGCACCAAGGCUCGCGAAAUUUUCAUCUCUCAACCCAUCCUCUUAGAGCUCGAGGCACCAAUCAAGAUCUGUGGUGAUAUUCACGGUCAAUACUACGAUCUCCUCCGUUUGUUCGAAUACGGUGGAUUCCCUCCCGAGGCUAACUACCUCUUCCUUGGUGAUUAUGUUGAUAGAGGCAAACAGUCCCUCGAGACUAUCUGUUUGCUCUUAGCAUACAAAAUCAAAUACCCAGAAAACUUCUUCAUCCUCCGCGGUAACCACGAGUGUGCCUCCAUCAACAGAAUCUACGGUUUCUACGACGAGUGCAAGAGAAGAUACAACAUCAAGCUAUGGAAGACAUUUACUGAUUGUUUCAACUGCCUCCCCAUUGCAGCAAUCAUUGACGAAAAAAUCUUCACUAUGCACGGUGGUUUGAGUCCAGAUUUGAACUCCAUGGAGCAAAUCCGUCGUGUCAUGCGACCAACUGAUAUUCCUGAUUGCGGUCUCCUUUGCGAUCUUCUCUGGUCCGAUCCAGACAAGGAUAUCACCGGCUGGAGCGAGAACGAUCGUGGUGUAUCCUUCACAUUCGGUCCCGAUGUUGUUUCUAGGUUCCUACAAAAGCAUGAUAUGGAUUUGAUAUGUAGAGCUCACCAAGUCGUCGAGGAUGGUUACGAGUUCUUCUCAAAGCGGCAAUUGGUAACACUCUUCAGUGCGCCCAAUUACUGUGGAGAGUUUGACAAUGCCGGAGCGAUGAUGAGUGUGGAUGAGAGUUUGCUAUGUUCAUUCCAGAUUUUAAAACCAGCGGAGAAAAAACAAAAGUACGUCACAACAGGUGGUCUAGGUGCCUCCAGCAGGCCCGUCACUCCGAGGAAAAAAUAAAAAUGAUCAAUUACGAACUUCCUUUUGUGUAGCAGGUUCGGACGCAGAUAAGCUUAAUUCGCGAUUUUCCACGCAACGAAUAUCGCCCUCGAUCAAUAUGCGCCCUUUCACCGAUCGCUUCUCUUUGGGAUCCGUCAUCUCACCAGACUUUUGCAAGUAUCCUCCAGACCUCGAUCUCGACCAAAUAUACCUAUUUGCGCGACACCUUCCGCAUCCUACCUUUCGUUUCCUUAUUCCUCUCAUUGCCAAAUGCGACUUUGUACACAACAACUUUUCCGUUACGCUUUUCGAUCACUAACACCAAGAAUUCCACUCGAUACGUUUUUCCCAACGACUUUCAGCCGAAUCACGACCUUUUACUUUGAAUUGACAUGCCAGCAUUUUCACGACAUGACGAUAGACACGUGGGACGUUAUUCGGGCGAGAUUCGGUUUUCGGGUAUUGGCAUUCGGAUUUUGGGAUUCUGGUUUUCAUAGAAAGGCGGGAGGGGAAUUUUCAGAGAAGGCUCAUGACGGGUAACUCAUAAUAUUUGUGUUCAUACGUUUGAGAAAGGGGGCAAUUGAUUGUGCCGGGCAACGAGAUAAAGAAGGGAAAAGGGAAGGAAGGGUGUGCAUGGGUUGAGCACAGAAAGCAGAAAAAAUAACUCAACGAUGCGAAUUGUACCUUUGUUCUAUGUAACUGACCUUUUUUUUUACUACACCUCAUUGACUCUUUUCUGAGAUGAGCUAUGCGUGUUGAUGAUUGAUUUUAUUUAAUUUGGGUUUAUGAGUGAAAUCAUGCUUGUUGAGAGUUUGUGUAUGUUGAGAGGGAUAGUGUGAUGAUGGUGAAGGGAAUGUAUAAGCCACAUGGGCAAUUGCAUGGUAGAUUAGUCGAAGUCUCUUGAAUCUUUUCCUUUGAAGUUCAUUCUAGGUUGAAGCUUCUCCUAGCUUUAGCUCUGGCUUAGAUUGGCCAUAGCCUAAUGUAUACUUUCUUACUUGCUUAGGUUGCCGCCUGUCUUUGUUUAGUCUUGGCUUGUCUUCUUUGUGUGGGGGCACACAAUGUUAUUACUGUUGUUACUGUUACUGUUAUUGUUAUUGUUAUUGUUAUUGUGAUGAUGGUUAGAUUAGACCUUUUGAUUGCAGAGAUACUGUGAGAUGGAUGGAUAAGUGUAGGUAGAUAGGUAGGUAGGUAGGUAGGGGCACAGCGGAGAAGGAGACGAAAUGGUAUGGAUGGUGGAUGUAUGUAGCAUGCAGCAUGUAGUGCAAGAAUAGAAGGUGGGA